CAUCUGCUCAGGAAACUUCUUCAGCUCGUUGCGGAGCCCAACACACGCCUGCUCACCAUGAAGACCGCCAUUGUCAUCCUGUUCGCUGUAGCCGCCUGCGUGCUGGCCGCUGAAAACAAGGAGGCGACCGCUGAGAAGAAGCAGGAGAAGAGGGGACUCCUGGGUCUGGGAUACGGCGGAUACGGGUACGGAGCAGCCAUCGCCGCUCCGGCAGCGGUUGGCUACGCCGCUGCCCCCGCCAUUGCUGCCGCCCCCGCUGUCACCUACGCCGCCCCCGCCAUUGCUGCCGCCCCCGCUAUCAGCUACGCCGCCCCAGCCAUCGCUGCUGCUCCUGCAGUCAGCUACGCCGCCCCUGCCAUUGCUGCGGCUCCUGCAGUUAGCUACGCUGCCCCCGCGAUCAGCUACGCCGCCCCCGCAAUCGCCAGAGUAGCAGCUGCUCCGGCAAUUUCCUACGCCGCCCCAGCCAUCGCCGCUGCUCCAGCCAUCUCGUACGCUGCUGCUCCAGCCCUUAGCUACGCGAGGUACGCUUCUUCCCUGAGCUAUGGUGCCUAUGGCGCGUAUGGUGCGUCCUACUCCAGAUACGCCCUGCACUAAACGGAACCCCAUCUAUACAUCAGGUUGGCGGCACUAAAUUGCGGAGAGCAGCAUUUUCUACGAUUGUUACCAAAACGCAGGACGUGCUCAAAUACCCUCAUGUGAGAAUUACCCUCAUAGUUAAAUAAAUUUUUUCAAACAAA